AUGGACGAAGAAUCCGUCACUUACACCAUCCACGUCUCUCUCGAGUCCUUCCUCCGCCUGUUCGAAGUUGCCGGCGGCGUCGCAGUCAUAGUCCUCUACGGCACCCAGCUGAGCCACCACGCCGACGACACGGCCUUUUACCGCGGAUGCGUGUACGCCAUCCUGACGGGGAUUGUAGCCACCUUGGCCAGUCUGCUGGUGAGCCUGACCCCCUUCGAACUGAUCAGCUUGUCGAUAUAUUUCCGCCCAAUCUGGUACCAUAAUCUGCGCCUGCUCCUGCUCGAGCUCGGCAUGCUCUUCCUGUGGAUCGUUCUCUUCGUCUACUUUGGUAUCGCCUAUCUCUGGAAUCCUGAGUUUGGGAUUGUCUCCGAAUACGACCCCGAGUACAUGGCGUUCAUCACUUUGAUGAAACGCGCGGCGUGGCUUGAUCUCGCGAAUGUGGUCCUCUGGUCUACUACGGGGGUGUUUGCCUUGCUCCGUCUCAUCCUUAACGAGCCGUAUGUCGUCGAAGAGGAGGAGAUUUCCUUGGAGGAUAAUAUGCCUGUCGACCCUGUUGUUGUCUGA